AUGUCUGGAACCAACAGCUCCAGCCUGACUCCAGGAUUCUUUACCUUGAAUGGCAUUCCUGGGCUGGAAGCUGCACACAUCUGGAUCUCCCUGCCAUUCUGCUUCAUGUACAUCAUCGCUGUAGUGGGGAACUGUGGGCUCAUCUACCUCAUCAGCCAUGAGGAAGCUUUGCAUCGGCCCAUGUACUAUUUCCUGGCUCUGUUGUCUCUCACUGAUGUCAGUCUGUGCACCACCACUGUACCCAAUAUGCUGUGCAUAUUCUGGUUUGACCUUAAGGAGAUUGAUUUUAAUGCCUGCCUGGUCCAGAUGUUUUUUGUACACAUGUUGACUGCAAUGGAGUCAGGGGUGCUCAUGCUCAUGGCCCUGGACCGCUACGUGGCCAUCUGUUACCCCUUACGCUAUGCCACCAUCCUCACCAACCCUGUCAUUGCCAAGGCUGGUCUUGCCACAUUUCUGAGAAGUGUGACACUCAUCAUGCCUUUCACCUUCCUCACCAAGCGCCUACCCUACUGCCAGAGUAACUUUAUUCCUCACACCUACUGUGAUCAUAUGUCUGUGGCCAAGGUCUCCUGUGGCAAUUUCAAAGUCAAUGCUAUUUAUGGUCUCCUGGCAGCUCUCCUGAUUGGGGGCUUUGAUAUGUUUUGCAUCUCAGUGUCUUACACAAUGAUCUUGAGGGCAGUGGUGAGUUUGUCAUCUGCAGAUGCUCGUCACAAAGCCUUCAGCACCUGUACCUCUCACAUAUGUGCUAUUGUCAUCACAUAUGUUCCAGCCUUAUUUACUAUUUUUACUCAUCGUUUUGGGGAACAAAACAUUCCCCACCACAUCCAUAUCAUUAUCGCCAAUCUCUAUUUGAUGUUGCCUCCUACCUUGAACCCUAUCGUUUAUGGAGUCAAGACCAAACAGAUCCAGGAAGGAGUUAUUAAAUUAUUUUUUAAGGAGAAAGAUGUCUUAGCUAUGAAAUAG